AUGGAUUUCAUUCAAGACUUGGAAAGUUUGGAUGGAUUGAUAAAUCUUAGGAUAACCCCGAUCGAAAAUCUAACAACAGACUCGCGGAUCGGGUAUUCAUCUCUUACGCGGGGUCAGAGUAAUUUAUUGCCCCGCGUCUCGGUAUCAAUCGAUAAAUUUCAAAUCGAGUUGAAGUUUGGCUCACAAAGAUACAACAAUUCCACUCGAUUGAUUGAAGAAUUCAACAACAAUGGAGCCCACUUCAAACGAAAUUAUAAAGGAAGUCAAAUUAAUAUGUCGGGAAGCAAUCUCCUCAGGGGAUCAAGAUCAUUAAAUCCGAAAUCUGACCUCAAAACCUGUUUACCUAUGUAUAGAGAAUUAACACCACGGACGAUAAUCAAUGAAUUGGUCAAGAGACUUUCAGUAGAUGAAGUAUAUUUUAAACAAAAAGAAAUCAAAAUGUUAAUCAAGUCUACUGCUGCUUCUACUCUUGAAGAGACGAGUGGUUCGGAUGAUGAAUCAAAGGCAAAAGAAGAUUCUAUCAGUGUCAAACAAUCUUCUCCUGAAGCUCAAGUACCUUCUGAAUCUUCAUCGCAAACGAAACCUAAAUCUAGCGCUAAAGGCCGCAAAUCUACCAAAAAAGAGAAAAUAAAAGAUACAUCAUGUGAACCUCAGGUCUCUGAAAGUUCAAAGCCUAAAAUUGAGCUUACUGCCAGUGAUAGUGGGGAAUCUUCAAAAUCUGAAUCUGUUAAACAAAAGGCACCUCGAAAACGAGGUCCAAAGACGGAAAAGAAGAAUGAAAUCAAAUCAGCGCAGUUUCUCGAUUCCGAUGGUGAGCCCGUGGCCGAAUCACCUCCGACCAUCGCACCACCUUCAAAGGCUAAACGGAAGUCGACUGGUGAGGAUCAUGAAUCAGCACCCCCAGCAAAACAAUCCAAGACAAAAUCGAAAGCAACAAAAUCAGUUGAGUUGUACUUGACACACUCUAAGGCCAUCUUUCAGGAACAAAUAGCUUAUAUACCAGAGUAUAUGCUGCUGUACCUCAUCUACACAGACUAA